AUGGACUUCCCAAUACAAGAAGAGAAGGAAGCCAGCAGUAGCGACUCGCUGGCUACUGCCACUGCCACCACGGGCACGAGCACCGUUGGAAUGACGGCUGGCCUGCGGUUGGAAGUUCCCCCCACACGGCAACAUCUGAGGCGAAAGAGAGGGUUAUCGCUUCGAUCCCAGAUGUUCAAUAAGAAUCUUUUACAGGGUGCGGCGGCCGAUACCUUAUCGCCGUCUGUAGAACCUGAUAAUGGUGGUAGAACAUGGUACGGUCGAUCUCGAUCUUCAUCAAGUGCGAGCAAUGUGACCAGUCCUUUCAAUGGUGAUACCAAUAUUACAGGUAACAAUAAUACAGGUAAUAUCGAACUACAGACGUUGAACGUACCAGAGAUCAAAAUAGAAGAAGCAAAUGAAGAUGAAAUCACCUCCUUAGAAAACACAGUCAUCCAAAGGUACACUCCUUACACAUCAUCCAAGUACUUAAACUCAUCAACAAGACUAUCCACUCAUUCAACAACUUCCGAUAUGAGCUCUUAUGACGACGACGGUUCAUUGCCACUGCAUCACAGACCCAAAAAACGGCAUACUAUGUUUUAUUUCAAUCGAAUCAAAAAUCGGAUCUUGGGCAUUCAAGAACAUCACCGUACGGAAAACGGUAGAAUCAUUCCGUUGGCAGUCGAUCCGGCUACCGCCAAUGAAACGUAUGGCGACGAAUAUUACAGCCUGUCGGCCAAACAGUUCAUCGACGAAAGAACUGAUCAACCGUACUGUAAUAAUCUGAUCACGUCAUCUAAAUAUACAGUUUAUGACUUUCUUCCAAAGCAAUUGAAGGCUCAGUUCUCCAAGAUCGCCAAUUGCUAUUUCAUGGUUGUGGCCAUCAUGCAAAUGAUUCCUGGCUGGUCUACAACGGGGAAGUUCACCACAAUCAUUCCCUUGAUGAUCUUCAUGUCUAUCUCUAUUGCCCGUGAAGGGUUCGACGAUUGGAAAAGACAUGCCCACGAUAAGGAGGAAAACAACAAGUCUACAACCAUAAUAGAGGUAGACAACGAGCAUUAUACCAGACAACAACCAUCUCCUCGCUACAGUUGUGAUACUUCCGAUGAGGACCAAGGCGGUGGACUUGGUGUCGGUGGUGGUGGUGGUAGUAGUUCGGAACGACUUACUAGUCCAGAAGCUAUGCGUACGUAUGGAUUAUUCGAACACAAAGUGUGUUGGAAAGACGUCAAGGUUGGUCAAAUUGUUCGUUUGAAUGAAGACGAAUGGUGUCCUGCGGAUAUUAUUUUGCUUUCCACCUCGAGUGAAGAUAACGAAGCAUACAUUGAAACCAUGGCAAUGGACGGAGAGACAAGCCUUAAGACGAGACAACCGCACCCUGAAAUUGCUAGUCGGUUCUCAACAGCUGUAGGAUUGAAAUCACAACAAUGCUUGUUCACCGUUGAAGACCCCAACACUGAUUUAUACAAUUUUGACGGUAAGUUUGAAUUGAACGACCACACUUACUCCUUGGGUUCCGACAAUGUGGUUUACAGGGGCAGCAUUUUAAGAAAUACCAAAUCAAUUUUUGGAAUGGUCAUCUUCACUGGUGAAGAAACCAAGAUAAGAAUGAACAAUAUCAAGAACCCAAGAACAAAGGCACCUAAAUUACAAAAGAAUAUCAAUUAUAUUGUGAUAUUUAUGGUGUUUGUGGUGCUAAGUUUAUCAUCAUUUUCAUUAAUGGCUCAAAGAUUAUUAAAGGAUAGUCACGUUCACAAGGCAUGGUAUUUGUAUAAUCAAGAUGUGGGCGUUGCAGCUACUUUCAUGGGGUUCAUUAUUAUGUAUAACACCUUGAUUCCCCUUUCCCUUUAUGUGACCAUGGAAAUUAUUAAAGUCAUGCAACUUCUUUUCCUUCAAUACGACUUGGACAUGUAUCACGUGGAGACAAACACUCCAGCAGACGCCAAAACAGCUACCAUCUUGGAAGAAUUGGGCCAAGUCAGUUAUAUCUUUAGUGACAAGACGGGGACCUUAACUGACAAUAAAAUGGUGUUCCGAAAGUUCAGUAUUAGUGGUGUUAGUGUAAUGCAUGAUUUAGAUCUCAUGUUAACUGAAAGAUCAAAGGGUGCCAGUGAUGUGACUUCAUUGAUAGCAACCCCGGUUGUAAUUCCUUCCCAAGGUGUACUGCCAUCACCUCAAUACGGUCUGCCCAAUUCUUCUCUGCCUCGAAAUAGUGGCCUAAUAGGGACAGGGAAAACCACCGAUGGGAAUACUACUUCUUCCCUUGUCCGUCAAAGUUUAGAGUUGGGUAAAGUCAGAUCAACUAUUAGUUGGGUUUCUACUGCCGAUCCCAUACGACCUCAGGAUUCUCCCACCUCCUUACAGAUUUUGAAGUACAUUCAAUUACAUCCACAAACAUUAUUUGCCAAAAAGGCAAAGCAAUUGCUCAUUUCCAUUGCACUUUGCAGUACAUGCCUUCCUCGAAAGCCAACAUCAACUGCAGAUGUUUUCUCCGGUUCCGCCAUCACUCUUGAUGAGCUUACCCAAGUAAUCGAUGAUGGUGACAUAGAAUACCAAGCUACUUCGCCUGACGAGUUGGCAUUAGUUAAAGCUGCUCGAGAUUUGGGGUUUAUUGUGUAUAAUAGACAAUCCGGAAAAAUCACAUUGAAGACUUACCCUGAAGGGUUUGAUUAUGAGCCAAAAUUUGAAGAGUAUGAAGUUUUAGACACAAUUGAUUUCACUUCAAAUAGAAAGAGAAUGUCGGUUAUAGUCCAAUAUCCCGACGGAAGAAUUGGGCUUAUCUGUAAAGGUGCAGACUCGAUUAUCUUAGAGAGAUUGAAAUAUAAGGACAUGGCAGAAGCCAAAGCAAGAGAGAUUGCCCACGCAUCGGCAGACCGUAAGACGAAGGAAGCAGACAUUGUUUUGCAUAAUAAGUUGUCACAUGAGAAGGUCAGAGGAGCCUCAAUGGGCUCCUUUAGAGACUCGAUGAAUGUAGAACAGAGAAUGGCAUCCAUUGAUAAUUAUUUGCAAAAUAAAGACGGAGAAGAGUUGGCGGGCGUAGCUGCAGAAGCUAAAAAAUCUUUACAUCUUCAACAACAAAAGAAGUAUAGCGUGGAUAACGAGGAUUCUCCUCUUGGUGUUGGACUUCCAACCACCAUAGAUGGUAUGGCGGCCGAGCUUUGCAUUCCGAACGAUAAGUUGUUGAUCAACGAUGAGUUUGUUGUUGAAAAGACCUUGGAACAUAUUGAGGAAUACUCCACUGAGGGUUUAAGAACCUUGAUGUAUUCUUUCCGUUGGCUAGGCAAAGCUGAAUAUGAAUCCUGGUCCAAAGAAUACGCAGCAGCAAAGACAUCUUUAGUAGACAGAAAUGAAAAGGUUGAACGAGUUGGAGAAAUGAUGGAACAUAGUUUGGAAUUAAUUGGAGCAACAGCCAUUGAAGACAAAUUGCAAGAAGGUGUAAGUGACGCAAUUGAUAAAUUACGGAGAGCAGGUAUUAAAUUAUGGAUGCUUACUGGUGACAAGAGAGAAACAGCCAUCAACAUUGGUUAUUCUUGUCGUUUAAUCAAAGAUUAUUCGACAAUUGUUAUUUUGAGUAGUGAUGAUGGCAAUAAUGUUUUGGUGCAGCGUAUUACAACGGCGACAUCAGAAAUUUCGGCAGGGAGAGUUGCCCAUUCAGUAGUUGUCAUUGAUGGUGCUACUUUAGCUGAAGUGGAAAAUGAUCCUGCCGUGUUUCUGUUAUUUCUUGAUCUUUGUAUCAAAGUGGAUUCUACUAUUUGUUGCAGGGCAUCUCCAUCCCAGAAGGCUAAAAUGGUUUCUUCUAUCCGAGAAUUAAGACCUAAAGAAGUUACGUUAGCCAUUGGUGACGGUGCCAAUGACAUUGCCAUGAUUCAGAGUGCAGAUAUAGGCAUUGGAAUUACUGGGAAAGAAGGUCUACAAGCAGCAAGAUCUGCAGACUAUGCCAUAGCUCAGUUCCGGUUUCUUCUUAAGCUUUUAUUGGUUAAUGGGAGAUACAACUAUGUCAGAACAUGCAAAUUUGUCCUUUGUACAUUUUACAAAGAAUUGCUAUUCUAUUUGACCCAAUGCAUCUAUCAACGGCAGACACUUUUUUCAGGAUCUUCAAUGUAUGAAAGUUGGUCGUUAUCCAUGUUCAAUACAUUAUUCACUUCAUUGCCGGUGUUAGUGAUUGGUAUGUUUGAUAAGGACUUGAAACCAGCUACCCUUUUGGCGGUUCCAGAAUUGUAUGCCAAAGGUAGAGAGUAUAGAGGGUUUAAUCUAAAAUUAUUUCUUUCUUGGAUGUUACUAGCUGCUCUGCAAAGUGUCACCAUAACCUUCUUGGCCAUCUACGUGUGGGGUUGGUAUGCUUUAAAGGACAAUACUGUUUUACCAUUGGGUACUAUGGUUUUUGCAGUGUUGGUGAUCGUGAUCAAUGCCAAAUGUGAGUUUAUAGAGUUGCAAAACCGUACCUUUUUGGCAUUUGCGGCUUUCAUUAUUUCAGUGGGUGGCUAUAUGCUUUGGAAUGUGUUGAUCAUGUUGUUGUAUCGAACCAUGGAGUCGCCUAUUUUCUUUGUGAGUUAUGGUUUGAUUGAGUUUGGGUCAGAUCAGAGUUGGUGGGCAAGUUGCUUGAUGUUAGUGACGAUUCCCAUCUUAAUUGAUUUACUUCUUAAGACAUUGAAAUUCAUAUUCCGACCAGGAGAUGAUGAACUCUUCAAGAUGUUUGAAAAGGAUAUUGAUUUACGCAGAACGUUCGAGAAGAAAGCCUAUAGUGAGCUCUAUCAAGGGUGGACUUUCCAGAGAGAACCCAGUACUACUUUUGGACGCAUUAAACGUCUUGUUGGUAAGAUUUUCUUUUUCAUAAAGAAGCACCCACAGCAUACGCAAGAAGAGACCAAAACUGAUGACUUUGAUAACUUUGUUCAAAGUGCAGUCUACAGGAAAAGAGCCGGGACUAAUCCCAACCCCACAGAGCUUCCUCCGGGGGCAGAUGGGGAAGCUAUUUCAAGUCAAUAUGAAGUUCUUCCGCUGGGGAAGAAGGUUAAACGUAAAAGAGGAGAAUCUUGGGCUCAAAUGGUUGGAAAUCGGUUUGGAUUCAAGAGCGAACCUGAAGAAGAUGUUGAUGCCAUUAUCGACCAGAGAUUGAAGGGUUUUCAGGUUUGA